GCCGUCGGCGCGUGCGCAUUCCGAAGGCCGGGCACAGGGGAGGCAAGUGCCGGAAGACUUACCCCCGGAGCCACACUGGUGGGAGGCACAGGCGGGUGCCGGUGUGCGCGGAGGCUCCUGCGUGCCUAGCAGUCUCCACCUGCCCAGUGACCAUGAUAGUGUUUGUCAGGUUCAACUCCAGCCAUGGUUUCCCAGCGGAGGUCGAUUCUGACACCAGCAUCUUCCAGCUCAAGGAGGUGGUUGCUAAGCGACAGGGGGUUCCAGCUGACCUGUUGCGUGUGAUUUUCGCCGGGAAGGAGCUUAGGGAUGACUUGACUGUGCAGAGCUGUGACCUGGACCAGCAGAGCAUCGUUCAUGUUGUGCUGAGACCCUGGAGAAAAGGCCCAGAAAGGGAAGGAGGUGACGGCCCACAAAACGCCCUGGAGGGCUCGAGGAGAGAGCCUGAGAGCUUGACCCGUGUGGACCUCAGCAGCUCGGUCCUCCCUGCGCACUCGGUGGGUCUGGCUGUGAUCCUGAAUAAUGACCGUGAGGAGACCCUGCCAGCUGGAAGGCCAGCAGGUAGACCGCCUUACAACAGCUUUUACGUUUAUUGCAAAGGCCCCUGCCAAAGAAUACAGCCAGGAAAACUCAGGGUGCGGUGUGGUACCUGCCGACAGGCGACGCUCACCUUGGCCCAGGGUCCAUCUUGCUGGGACGAUGUCUUAAUCCCAAACCGGAUGACUGGUGAAUGUCAAACUGCAAGCUGUCCUGGGACUACAGCCGAAUUUUUCUUUAAAUGUGGAGCACACCCAACCGCUGACAAGGAAACAUCAGUGGCUUUGAACCUGAUCACAACAAACAGUCGAGGCAUCACCUGCAUAACAUGUACCGACAUCAGGAGCCCUGUGCUGGUUUUCCAGUGCAACCAUCGUCACGUGAUUUGCUUAGACUGUUUCUACUUAUACUGUGUGACAAGACUUAACGACAGGCAGUUUACCCAUGACCCUCAGCUGGGCUACUCUCUGCCGUGUGUGGCUGGCUGCCCCAACUCCUUGAUUAAAGAGCUCCAUCACUUCAGGAUCCUUGGAGAAGAGCAGUACAACCGGUACCAGCAAUAUGGCGCUGAAGAGUGUGUGCUCCAGAUGGGGGGCGUGCUGUGCCCUCACCCUGGCUGUGGAGCAGGGCUGCUUCCCGAGCCAGGCAGGAGGAAGGUCACUUGUGAAGGGGGAAAUGGUCUGGGCUGCGGGUUCGUCUUUUGCCGGGACUGUAAGGAAGCGUACCAUGAAGGUGAAUGCAGCACCCUGUUUGAAGCCUCAGGAGCAGUUUCUCAGGCCUACAGAGUUGAUGAGAAGGCCGCGGAACAAGCUCGGUGGGAAGAGGCCUCUAAAGAAACAAUCAAGAAAACCACCAAGCCCUGUCCCCGUUGCCAUGUGCCAGUUGAAAAAAAUGGAGGAUGCAUGCACAUGAAGUGCCCGCAGCCCCAGUGCCGUCUGGAGUGGUGCUGGGCCUGCAGCUGCGAGUGGAACCGCGCCUGCAUGGGGGACCACUGGUUCGACGUGUAGCUGCAGCCCUGCGCGCGCCCCCUGCCGGCCGGCUCGGAAAGGCGCGCGAGUCCCGCCAUGCCCUGGUCUUCUGUCUCCAAAUGCUCGCUCCCUCUCUCUCUCCCUCUCUCUCUAUCUCACACGCACACGCACACGCAGCCCUCAAGGUCCUUCCAAAACUACAAAAACAAAGUCAGAGGAGAAGCUCCUCGCAUCUCUUGCUUUGUACCCGUGAAAAAGAGCG